UAAAUGUUUAAACCGGAAGUUGCCACGACAUUCUUGAUUCUUCCGCGGUUUGUUUAUUUUAAUACUUCAAUCAUCCUUUCAAUUUCAAACAACACACUAUCUACGAGAAAUUUAGUCCCAAACACCAAAUGGUAAUAGACAUUAACCAUGGCAGCUCGAUUGUCUUCAUCCUUUUCCUACAAAAAGUUCGAGAUCCGAAAACGCUUACCCAACCCAAAAUCGUCAGUUCUCUUGGUAAUCGACAUGCAAAAUUACUUCUCUUCAAUAGCAAAACCCAUCCUUCCGGCCAUAACCACCACCAUCAAUCUCUGUAAAUCCGCAAACAUCCCCGUAAUUUUCACGCGCCACUGCCACAAACCGGGAGAUAACGGCGGUGUUUUAGGCGAGUAUUGGAACGGCGACAUAAUCAUCGACGGAACCCUAGAAGCGGAGCUGAUUGCGGAAGUUAUUGCUGAAGCAGAGAAGAAAGGUGAGAAAGUAGAAGUCCUAGAGAAGAAUACGUACAGCGCGUUUCAGAAGACGGGAUUAGAAGAGAAAUUGAAGGAAAUGGGAGUUGAGGAAGUGAUAGUGUGUGGUGUGAUGACGAAUUUGUGCUGUGAGACAAGUGCGAGAGAUGCGUUUGUACGAGGGUUUAGGGUAUUUUUCUCCACAGAUGCGACUGCUACGAGUUGUGAUGAACUUCAUGAUGCUGCACUCAAGAAUUUGGCUUAUGGUUUUGCUUAUCUUGUUGAUUGCAACCGUCUACGGCGAGCUUUCUCUGUGUAAUUAUGGAGACUGUAGUACUUAUUGUUAAUACUAAUACUACUGAUCUAUAGGAUAAAUCAUAAUUUAUGUGUAAUAUGUUAAUAAAUAAACCAAUUAAAGCCACAUAUUGGCGGCGUCUGUUCUGAC